CCAUCAACAAGAACAACAGUUUCGUAUGUGUAUUUUUUUUUUGUUUUCAACUGGUUUUGAGUGCGCGAGCUUUGAGUUGGACGACGGACGAGACAAAAUUCCUGCUAUCGUCAUUCAACAAUCAGCAUUGAGCGAGUGAGAGGACGGCGGGACUGGUGCAGUGUGCCAGCGAAUUAGGGAAGAUCGACCAGCAUCGUGUACUUUGGACUUGUUUUCUGUAGGUUUACUCGUCAUCGCCUAGAUAGAUAGCGACAUUUUCGUGACAGGGUCGCUUUUCGUUGGUUGAUAGCAGCUUUUUUGUUGGUGAUAUAAUAAGUGGUCCACACACACAGUAGCGACUAGGUCGAAGCAAGAAAAUGUCCGAAAACGUGAGCCCGAUCAAGUACUUUCUCUCCGGAGGUUUCGGAGGGAUCUGUACGGUCCUGGCGGGGCACCCGUUGGACACGAUAAAGGUCCGGUUGCAAACAAUGCCCCUGCCGGCUGCUGGCCAGGCUCCAAUGUACGCCGGAACACUAGACUGUGCGAAGAAGACAAUCCGGCACGAAGGUUUCCGAGGGCUUUACAAGGGCAUGUCCGCCCCCAUUGCAGGAGUGGCGCCAAUCUUUGCCAUGAGCUUCUUUGGAUUCGGAGUAGGAAAAAGAUUGCAACAGAGGACACCGGAUGAGGAACUGAACAACACUCAGCUGUUCGCUGCCGGAGCAUUCUCCGGAGUGUUCACGACAACUGUGAUGGCUCCAGGGGAACGAAUCAAGUGUCUCCUGCAGAUUCAACAGGGAGGAAACGUUCCACAGAAGUACAACGGUAUGGUGGACUGUGCGAAACAGCUGUACGCCGAAGGUGGAAUUCGCAGCAUUUACAAGGGAUCGUUUGCCACAUUGCUCCGGGACGUGCCCGCCUCCGGAAUGUAUUUCCUUACGUACGAAUACGUCAAGAAGGCGUUUGCCCCGAAGGAAGGCGAAAAGCAGGAAGCCGGCAGGGCUCUGAUGAUAACGAUCUUCGCAGGAGGAAUGGCCGGUAUUGCCAACUGGGCCAUCGGAAUGCCCGCGGAUGUGCUCAAGUCUCGACUGCAGACGGCCCCGGCAGGAACCUACAAGAACGGUAUCCGCGACGUGUUCCGAGAGCUGAUGAAGAACGAAGGACCGCUGGCACUGUACAAGGGCGUGACUCCGGUCAUGUUGCGAGCUUUCCCUGCGAAUGCUGCGUGCUUCAUCGGAUUCGAAGUGUUUAUGAAAUUUUUAAACUUCGUGGCGCCCAACUUGUAGGAGAAACGAUUUUUGUUUGUUGUAUUUGAUUUAUGUAAGAAUGCAGAGUUAAUAUACAUUUUUUUUUUCAAAAA